AUCGAAGGUGCUGACAGGGAGUCGCGCUACUGUAUCUCUAGUCGUGUCGUGUUCGAACCUCAAAAGAGCGAUUUCGCGCCUGCGAUUCGCUCGGACGGGUGACGUGUACUUCUCGUCGUUGUCAUCGUCGCGUAAGAAACUAUUGAGGAAUAUUUUACCGAGCAACCUCAGAAUGGACGGUCACCGUGCGUCGCGUUUGCUGUUGAUGCUGAUCGCGGUCGCGGCGAGUUUCUUGGCGCCGGGCCACGUAGCCGGUUCUGGGGUGCUGCAGAUCCGCGGCGUACCGGUCGCGAAGAACUCGCUGUAUCGGCCUGACCGUGACUUCGAGUGCCUGGACGGCAGCCGUCUGAUACCGUUCACGCGGGUGAACGACGAUUACUGUGACUGCGGAGAUGGCAGCGACGAACCCGGCACGGCUGCCUGCGCACACGGCUCGUUCUACUGCGAGAACGCCGGUCACAAACCGGCUUACAUACCGUCGUCAUGGGUGAACGACGGUGUGUGUGACUGCUGCGACACCAGCGAUGAAUACCUGUCCCCGGCGAACUGCGUGAACAAUUGUAACGAGCUUGGCAGGGAGGCACGACUGGAGCAGCAAAAAGCGGAGCAACUGGCGCGUGAAGGUAACAAGUUGCGCCUAGAGUUGUCGACGAGGGGUAAGAGUAUCAAGGCUGAACAUCAUUCGCGUCUGGUGAAGCUGAAGGCCGACUAUGAGGAGGCUGAGCUGAUAAAGAAGGAGAAGGAGAUGCUGAAGAAGUAUGCCGAGGAACGUGAGAGCGUAGCAUUGGAGAAGUACAAGCCUGUAGAGCCAGAGGUACCGUCGCAGGCCGAAAUCACUGACGAUGAGCAAGAGGAAGCUGGGGAGGAAUCAAUACAAAAUGAAGUAGUUAUAAAGAGCUUCUUUAAUACAUUGGAUUCAGAUGCCAGUGGCACAGUGACGAUAGCAGAGUUACAGGCUGUAAAGAGGUUUGACAAAGAUAGGAACGGAGAGGUAUCGGAGGAAGAGGCAUUGUACUUCCUUGGUGGCAAGGGAGAAGCCACUCUACAGGAGUUUAUAGUGAUAUAUCAGAUGAGCAUAAAACCUUUCUUUAAAGAGGAAGAAGCAGUAGCAGAAGAAGACGAUGCGCAUCAGCCUUUAGAUGAACCGUUGGAUCACGAGAGGGAGGAGGAUAAUGGAGAAAUCAGCGAAGGUGAAGAGGAGGAUGUCGCCGAGGACGAGCACCAGAAGGAACCGCUAGAACCGGAGGUCCAAUAUGACGAGGAGACGCAGGCGCUUGUCGAUGAGGCGACCAGUGCCCGCGAGCGUUACCAGGAGGCUGAGAAGGCUGUGAACGAGCUGCAGUCAGAGAUCCGGCAGCUGGAGGAGAAGCAGGAGCGCGAUUACGGGCCGGACGAGGAGUACGCGUCCCUCGACGGCGAAUGCUUCGAGUACACGGACUUGGAGUACAUUUACAAGCUGUGUCUGUACGGCAAGGCGACCCAGAAGUCCAAGUCUGGCAGCAGUGAGGUCACCCUGGGCUACUGGUACGACUGGGCAGGACCAACCGGCGCUAAGUAUUCCAAGAUGAAGUACGAUCGCGGCCUGACCUGCUGGAAUGGCCCAGCGCGCUCUACGAUCGUCACCCUGUCGUGCAGUACGGAGAACAAGCUGACAUCAGUGUCGGAGCCGAGUCGCUGCGAGUAUGCCAUGGAGUUCUCCACACCGGCACUCUGCAAUCCCAGUCUAUUAGAGACUGCCGAUACGCAUGACGAAUUGUAGAUAAUCGUCGCUCCGUUAGUAAAAUAUAAGCGCUCGCUCGCUCGCCCGUUGGCUCGCGCACACACAACGUGGAUGUCAAGCACUUACGCUCUUUUUCGCGAGCUGCGGCACGAGGACCGAGCCGCUGAGAUCGGAUAAACGAUCGUCGGAUCCUAUCUCGAACUAUUUCCGAUGCAGUCGCGAUUGGUAAAGUGUAGCUAGUGAGCGUUACCGUAAAGCAUCCAGGGGAUGAGGUUUUAGGGGAGAAAGUUCUUAGGCGUUGGCACAGUAAUUUAAUUUUUAACACACUUUGUAUGUUAAAAUGAAUUGUAAUGUUUUAGGUAAGUCAACCGAAACAUUCUAAUUUAUAUCACGUGGACAAAAUAUCUUCAACAGAAUUGUGCGUUAGAUUAAUUAAAAUUCAAUCAUUCAAUUAUUUUUCUGUACAUUUUGUGAAUCAGUCGAAAUCGACAUGUCACUAUAUAAAUAUAAUUUUGCUAAUUAUAAUUUUUAUAAUUUUACGGAACUGGAAAUUCACGUGAAUUUUGCCGUAAAAUUGAUGUCGUCGUGUACGUUAAUACACAAAACGCUCAAUUUUGAUUAAUCUAAUACUUAAUGAAGCAUUUAAAUGGAAAUCCCUCGAAUAAUUCCAAAAAUAAAAAGAUAUACAACGAGUGGAAAGAGUUACAAAAAUGGUUACAUCAAUCGCGAUUGAUUAUUCGUCUUUACAUCCGAAGAAUCCGUCGAUCUACUAUUGACGAUGCGUAGUUCGUUAGUGAUAACCGAAGAGUAAUCAUCCUCAAUCUUAUUCUGUGACACUGAUAGAGAAAGAAAAAAGAUCAAUGUUACGCGCAGACUCAUUGCCAACGUGUUAAAAACGCGUCGCUGUUACAUUCCUCGUUUUGUACUUGAAGCGUUUCUACGAUGUGAUCUAAGGAUAUGAAUUAACGUAAUAUCACAGCUGAUAUUUCAGGUCUGAGACGAAACAUACUUUAUACCGAAUAGUAAUAAUAUGUAGCUCGAAACGGAGAUAUUGUUAAGGAAGAGGGGGAAAAAGAAGAAUACGGAGCUAUUCCUCCAGGAGUCGUGCAAUCAGUCAUACGUACAGACCGUGUCCUAAUAUUCAGCAUUUUAAACAUUUAAGUCUUGAAUAUUUUGUAAUUUUUUAAGGGUACGCCAUGAUGGCGCGAUGAGAUAUUGAUGUAAUAAA